GGUAGUUGGUGCUCGGUGCCCGGCUCGUGGUGUUCGCUUCCCGGUGCUCGGUGCUCGGCCGGGCCGGUUCAGGUGAAGAUGGCUGCGGAGGAGAAGAAAGGCUGGGCUUCAAAACAGCAAGAAGAGGCUGAGCGUGGUGGGGAGAGGGAGCCGUGUGUGCUCCUGGGCCGGCAGCUGGGUGAGCCCGGGAGAUUCGCGUACGCGGCGCUUUGUGGGAUAUCCCUUGCCUGGCUGUUCCCUGAAAACGAGCAAAGCUCCUUCAGGAGAGAAUUCAUCAAGGGCUUUGUGAAGUGGCUGGACCUGCCUGAUGCCGUCUUACCUGCCAUGACAGCCUUUGCUGAUGGCUUAGGAGGUGAGGGCACAGAAACUUUCACUGAAAUUUUGCUGAAGGAUCCCAUCUUGAAAGAAAAUCCACUUCUCAUUACCCAGGACCUCUUAUCUUUCUCUCUUCAAGAUGGGUCCUAUGAUGCUCGAGCCAGGGUGUUGAUCUGCCGUGUCAGCAGGCUGCUGAGAAUUCCCUUGGAAGAGCUGGAAGUCCUGGAGGAAUCUCUGCUUGAGAGCCUGAAGGAACAAAAAGAGGAAGAGUCAGAAACUGCAGAAGUCUCAAGGAAAAAGAAGGAAAGAAGGAAAAAGCUGAAGAGAUACCUGCUGAUCGGUCUGGCAACUGUUGGGGGUGGAACAGUGAUUGGUCUGACAGGAGGCCUGGCUGCCCCUCUGGUUGCUGCAGGAGCUGCCACGAUCAUUGGGAGUGCUGGAGCAGCUGCUUUAGGAUCCACUGCUGGGAUUGCUGUCAUGGCAUCCCUUUUUGGAGCAGCAGGAGCUGGUCUUACUGGAUACAAAAUGAAGAAACGCGUGGGAGCCAUAGAAGAGUUUGAAUUCCUCCCACUCACUGAAGGGAGGCAGCUCCACAUCACCAUAGCAAUCACUGGAUGGCUGUGCACUGGCAAAUAUGGGAGCUUCACCGCCCCGUGGAGCAGCAUGCUGCACUCCAGUGAGCAGUACUGCCUGGCCUGGGAAUCCAAGUACUUGAUGGAGCUUGGCAACGCCUUGGAUUCCCUGCUCAAUGGUUUUGUGAACAUGAUGGCUCAAGAAGCCCUAAAAUUCACUGUCUUGUCAGGCAUUGUGACAGCCUUGACUUGGCCAGCGUCUCUCCUGACCGUUGCCAGCGUCAUUGACAACCCCUGGGGAGUGUGUCUGCAUCGCUCUGCAGAAGUGGGCAAACACCUGGCGCACAUCCUGCUCAGCCGACAGCAGGGCCAGAGACCUGUCACACUGAUUGGCUUCAGCCUGGGUGCCAGAGUCAUUUACUUCUGCCUGCAGGAAAUGGCUCAGGAAAAAGACUCACAAGGGAUCAUUGAAGACGUUGUCUUCCUGGGAGCUCCAGUGGAAGGAGAAGCCAAGCACUGGAAAGCUCUCACCAGAGUGGUGUCAGGCAGGAUCAUAAAUGGCUUCUGCAGGGGGGACUGGCUGCUGAGCUUUGUUUACAGAACCUCCUCUGUCCAGCUCAACGUUGCAGGCCUCCAGCCAGUCGAGCUGGAUGACAGGAGGAUGGUGAACAUGGACCUUUCCUCUGUGGUAAACGGCCACCUGGACUACAUGAAGCAGAUGGACACGAUCCUAAAAGCUGUGGGCAUUAAAACCAAGGAAUGCCAGCCAGAAGAGAAGGGCAGUGGCAGCCUUUUUCCCUCUCAAGCCAAGAAAUCCCAGCAGGCAGCUGGCAGUGAGGCUGGGGGAGAGGAAAAUACCAGGAAAGAGGAGGAUGAGGCUGGGGGUGAAGCUUUUCCAGCCAGCUGCGCUCACCGACAGAAUUCCUCCAGCUCUGCCCCGGGAGAACCCUCAGCUCCCUGCCCAGACCGCUCACACAGCACGGACAGCAAGCACCAGGCAGCGGGGAAAGGAGCGAAUUAGGGCAGAGCUGCUCAGCCGGCACAAAAACCGCUGUCAGCACAUCCGCGGCUCUGGGAUUCCCAGAGGAUGGAGCUGGCGGAGCUGCAGCUGCAGUUUCCAGCCCCUCCGGAGAAAAGUGUGGCCCUGGCGUGGCUUUGGAUGAAAGCGCUUGGAGCAGCCGCUCACGGCACCUCCGCGAGGCGAGAGAGGGCUGAUUCCUGCCCGGGGCUGCGCUGCUUCCCAGGAAUCCAGGACAGAUCCCAUCCAAAUCCUUGCAGGAAGCAGCUGCACCCCUCGGCGCCGUGUCCCUGCUGUGACUGGGGGAAGCAGGUGGCUCUGAGGGCAUUUGAAGCAUUUCACAGAGAGGGGUUCGUCACUAGGAAAUUAAAAACUUUUUUUCCACUGGAGAUGAAUUCGGUUUGAGGAUCUCAGGUGUUGUUCCAGGCUCUACCUGCCCCACUCCAGACGGAUCUGCAUCCGCUCUCCGGCUCUGCUGACCAGGAGGGGAAAGGCUCAGGCUGCCAGGCUUCCUUCCUCCACCUGCUGCAGGUUUGCUGCCAGGGCUUGGACACUUUCCAUCUCCAAGACUGUUUCCCUGUCUCCAGGCUGGGGUUGCUGGGUGUUGGAGGCCCUGUUCCUGUUAGAAACGUGUUUGGGACCCUGGGUGAAAGCAGCAGGAAAACCGAGGGGGUUUUGGGUGGUUUAUGAAAAUUCCUCCCGGGCUCUCCAAGCCAGCAACCCACUGAGACUUUCCUUUUGUGUCCCACAGACAUCUCCAGCCUUGAAAGCCCCAUCCAGACAUAUUUUUAAUUGGCUUAGAACAAAACCAGUGCUUGGCACAGGAUAAACUUGGAUCUGUUUGAUUUCUACCUCCUUUGAUGGAAGUGAAUUGGCUCCACUCUCCUCAUUCCCAGUCUCAGAGCAGAGGGAAGGACCCAGUUCUACAUCCCCUGCCAACACAGCUCCAGAACCUUGUGGGAAUGAUGCACAUCUUCCAUAAAAGCCCCUUUUCUGGCCUGUUUUGUUGCUGAGCCCAUGCAAGUGCAUCUGGCAGGAGCGUGGCAGGCGGGUAACCCCCCUCUGGGGUUUUAUGCUUUGCCACAAGGGAGGAUUCAAACUCUCCCACCCCCAUCUGGGGGCCCUGUUGACUCAUGAGAGGGGAAACAUUGGGAUUGAACCUUCCAGUUUUGGUUCACACUGGGUUCUCUCCCUCCCUGCUGACCCAGCAGCCACGUUAAUCCCCCCUCUCCUCCCAUUCCCAGCUUCCUGCAAACCUUACCUGCGGAUUAUUCCUCAUGGAGUCAGACACAGGAGGUUUGGGGGUGAUGCUGUGACCCAGCAAAUCACCAUGGUUUGGAUACAGUGCCUGGCAAUUCCUCUCCCUAAAUCCAGCAUCUCAUGGGCUCAGAGGUGCCCAGCUCUGGCCUGGAGCGGUGCCUCGCUGCGGAGACGGGAGGGACUGAGAUCCCACGGGGAUGGGGCUGCUUGGCCAGCUGGUGUUGGUGCCGUUGGCUGCAGGGGUGGAGUGGGAUUUCUCUCCUCACCUGAGGGUUUGUCCACAAGCAAAAACUCCUGAUUACACAGAACUGCCUGGAUGAGACAGUAAGGAAUGAUUGCUUUUGAAGGUUUGGCUUGAAGACGUGACUCUGCCCUCUCUCUCUCUGUCCAUCUCCUGAGGCUGAUUUGGUACCUAACGAACUUCCACACUCCACAGUGCCUUUUUCUGCUCCUCUUUAACUCAGGUUGUAGUCCA